AGAUACCAUUACAUCACGUUAACUAGUCAUCUCCUAAAUCAAUAGGUCGUUUUUUCUCUCUAUUAAUUGUUCAUAUUAUUAGACAUAUGGAGUAUUAGUUUCUGAGUUUCUUUUUUCGUCAGUUUCUUGAGUUUCUUCUUCUUUCAUUUUACUUUAAGUCAAUUCUAGUCUUUUGGUUCGGAGACUUAUAGGCCAAAAAAUGGUGCUUUUACUUGUGAUUGUGGGGCUGAUAAGCUAUUAUGUCUACAAGUCCAUAAUACCGCCACCACCGAUCCCAUUGCCGGAAAAUGUUUCCGAGAUAUCUCCAAGAAUCAAGCUUAAUGAUGGGAGGCAUUUAGCGUACAAAGAAUUAGGGUUUCCAAAGGACAAAGCCAAAAACAAAAUAAUAAUCGUCCACGGAAAUGGAAAUUCCAAAGACGUCGAUUUAUACAUCACACAGGAAAUGAUUGACGAAUUCAAGAUAUACUUUUUGUUCUUCGAUAGAGCUGGUUAUGGAGAAAGCGAUCCUAAUCCAACACGAACGCUGAGAACUGAUACAUACGAUAUCGAAGAACUUGCUGACAAAUUGCAAAUCGGUCCAAAGUUCCACGUUAUAGGCAUGUCACUUGGAGCUUACCCAGUUUACGGUUGCCUCAAAUACAUUCCUCAUAGGCUUAGUGGAGCUUCGUUGGUGGUUCCGUUAAUAAAUUUUUGGUGGAGCCGUGUGCCUCAAAACUUAUUGAAUGCAGCAAUGAAGAAAUUGCCAAUUGGAUUUCAGUUGACACUUCGAGUUGCACACUACUCUCCAUGGUUGUUAUAUUGGUGGAUGACUCAGAAAUGGUUCCCAAAUAGUCGAAAUCCCAAAGAUACAAUGACCGAGCGCGACCUAGAACUCGCGGAAAAGCAUACAAAACACUCCUAUAUCAAAGAGUCUGCUUUACGACAAGGUGAUUAUGUGAGCACACAACGAGACAUCAUUGCAGGUUAUGGGAAUUGGGAAUUUGAUCCAACGGAAUUGAGCAAUCCGUUUUUGGAUAGUAAGAAAGGGUCGGUUCAUAUGUGGUGUGCACUCGAAGACAAACAAAUUUCACGAGAUGUUUUAAUUUAUAUAUGUGAUAAGCUGCCAUGGAUAAAGCUCCAUGAGGUCCCUGAUGGUGGACAUUACAUUAUCCAUGAGAAGCGGCAUUUCGAAGCCAUUAUCAAAGCCGCUUGUAGUAAUGAAAUAUAAGAACAAAAAAACUCUAUAAGAUUUGUAUAUGAAAUCAGUUUGAGAAAAUUAUGGCUAUGUAAGUUUCAUGUGACAAAGAAAAUUGUCUAAUCUAUUUAGACUAAUGUAUAAAUGUAACUACUUUUGAGUAUGGGAGAGAGUCGGAUGGAGACACAUGAGAAUGAAAGGUAAA